UUCUACCCACGCCUGUUUUUGCUCUUCCUAUGACCCGUGCUCCAUGGCUCCCAUGUAAUCACCUCCUACCCCUGCCUCACCACAACACUCGAACUUCCCUCGCGUCGGCACCAAUUUCGAACAAUCUCCGUUUGAAUUUUACGGAGCGCUAAUUUCGACUCGGUUUUCCUGUCGUGUUCUCUGGACUGCCUUGGCUACUGUUUCGAGCUGCUCGUCCCUCUCGACCCUCCCAGCCGCGAAGGACAGUUCGCUCGCAUCGUUUUCGUUUCUCUACUCUAGUCUUUUCUCUGUGCUCUACUCUUUAGUCUUCAGCUCGCGCAUGUCCCAUCACCUGCCGCUGCUCCCCGGCAUGGCGGACGAAGCGGCGCUGGGCGUGGCGGGGGGCUUCGACGACGCGCUGCUGGCGUCGGCGGCGGACCGCCAGACGCACUGGGGCUUCCACGAGACCAAGGAGCUGAUCGCGCUGCGCGCCGAGCUGGAGCGCGACUUCGUGCCGGCGCGCACGAGCAACCACGUGUGGGAGACGAUAUCGGCGCGCAUGAAGGAGAAAGGGUACCGCCGCUCGCCCAACCAGUGCAAGUGCAAGUGGAAAGUGCUCGUCAACCGCUACAAGAACAAGGAGCUCUCCCCCGACGGCGCGCGCUCGUGCCCGUUCUUCGAGGAGCUGGACGCGAUCUUCAAGCAGCGCGCGCGCAACAUGGACCGCCUGCUCGUGCAGGCGGAGGGCGGCGGCACGCCCGCCGGAAUCGGCGCAACUGGCGGGGGCUACUCGGGGGGGGGCGGCGGCGGCGGAGCCCUGGGCAUGCGCGGUGGAGGGUACGGGGGCGGGCCUGGCGCGCGGGGGGGCGGAGGAGGUGGGGGAGGGGGGCUGCUAAGCAGGCGGGCACGCGACGAGGAGGAGGAGGAUGAGGAGGAGGAGGAUGAGGAGGGCGACGACGACAUUGAGGGCGAGCUCAACGUGCGCAGCACCAAGCGCCGCAAGCGCGACUUCAACUCCGGCGCCCGCCGCGCCGCCACCGGCUCCUUCGCCCCCGGCGCCGCCGCCGCCCUGCGCAGGGGCAGCGCUGCUUCCGCCGCCACCGGGGGGAGCGACGCGUUUGAAGGCCUGGGUGGGGGCGGCGGGGGUGCUUAUAACGGGGGGCUUGGCGGGGGGGCGGACAAGCGCGUGCUGAUGGAGAAGCAGCGCGCGGGCAGCAUGCAGGAGGUUCUGGAGCAGUUCUUCCUGCAGCAGUUGCGCCUCGAGCAGGAGUGGCGCGAAGCCAUCGAGCGCAGGGAGGCGGAGCGGCGCGUGAGGGAGGGCGAGUGGCGCAGCCGGCUGGAGGCGCUGGAGCGAGACCGGGCGCAGAGGGAAUCCAUGUGGCGCCAGAUGGAGGCGGAGCGGGCGGCGAGGGAGGAUGAGCGGGCGGCCAGGAGGGAUCAGCUGAUCAUCGCCCUCAUCACCAAGCUGUCCGCGCCGCCUGCUCCACCCACCCCUCCUCCUGCUGCCCCCGCACCUGCUCCCCCUGUGCUGCCUGCAACCGACCCGGCUGCUGCUGCACCAGCAGCAGGAGCAGCAGCAGGAGCAGCGCCUGCGACAGUGCACAAGCUUGGUGCUGCUGUGGGUGGGACCAUCGCUGCUGCGGAGGCUGCUGCUGCUGAUGUCAUCGCCUCUGCCGUCCCUGGUGCUGCUGCUGGCGAGGAGGGAGGAAAGGCGGGGGACAAGGACACUACCGCCCCUGAUGCUGCUGCUGCUGCUGCUGCUGGUGGUGCGGGGGAAGGGGAGGUUGGGGAGAAGGAUGGAGGUGGUGCGAGGGAGGUGCCAGCUGAUGGGGAUGUCACCAUGGCAGCGGGGCAGGAGGAGCUGCCUGCUGCCGAGCCUGUUGCCGUGUAGCUUGAUUGGAUGCAGUGUAGCUUACCAGUAACCAGAUGAGAUGAGGUGCUCACUUAACAGGGGAGGCUGGGCUGGGCUUUCAGAGGAUGAGGUGCCU